AUGCAUCGGCGAACUUUCCUGAAUAGACGCAGUCAGACUAACACCCUUCACGGUCGGAUGACUCUACGUACUGGCAGCAAUUUAGAACACCGCGGUGUUGCUCUGCCAGACGCCGAUACUGCCCUCGGCAUAGAGGACCAAGUUUCCGUCGCUCUGGCAAACGAGGCUGUAAGGAUGUUUAUCGCCAUUGGUCUUGGUGGCCCACACCGGGAAGCCAUCGGGAUUGUAAGCGACGCAGUUUCCGUCAGUUUGCAUCUUCACCCACGACACGUUCUCUCCAUCGACGGACCAGGACUUCCUUUUAUUCUCGAACCAAAGCUCGAUGUUGCCGUCCUGGGUGACUCUGAGUUCGUUGUGUCUGUUGUCGGAGAUGAGCGCGUAACCACGACCGAUGACGCCGUUCUCGGGGAGGGUAGAACCGUAGGGAUACUUGUAAGACAUGGUAGUUGUUAG